GCCUCAGUUCCCUGCGGCCCUGUAGCUCGAUGCUUCCCGGUGCGAUGAGCUUCCUCAGAAGUUUCCUUCCCCCCGGCCCGGCUGAGGGACUGCGGCAGCAGCUGCCCGAUACCGAGGCUGUGCUGGACGGAAAGGGCCUCGGCACUGGCACCCUGUACAUUGCGGAGAGCCGCCUGUCUUGGUUGGAUGGCUCUGGAUUAGGAUUCUCAUUGGAAUACCCUGCUAUUAGUUUACAUGCUGUGUCCCGAGACCUAAAUGCUUAUCCGCAAGAACAUUUGUAUGUUAUGGUGAAUGCAAAAUUUGGAGAUGAAUCAAAAGAAUCUGUGGAUGAAGACGAGGAAGACAGUGACGAUGAUGUUGAACCUAUUGCUGAAUUUCGAUUCGUGCCUAGUGAUAAGUCAGCCUUAGAAGCAAUGUUCGCCGCAAUGUGUGAAUGCCAAGCUUUGCAUCCAGAUCCUGAGGAUGAAGAUUCAGAUGAUUAUGAUGGAGAAGAGUAUGAUGUAGAAGCUCAUGAACAAGGGCAGGGGGACAUUCCUACAUUUUAUACCUAUGAAGAAGGAUUAUCCCAUUUAACAGCAGAAGGCCAAGCCACAUUGGAGAGGUUAGAAGGAAUGCUUUCUCAGUCUGUGAGCAGUCAGUAUAACAUGGCCGGAGUCCGCACCGAAGACUCGAUAAGAGAUUUCGAAGAUGGGAUGGAGAUAGAUGCUACACCAACAGUUGCUGGCCAAUUUGAGGAUGCAGAUGUUGAUCACUGAAAAUGGCUUUAAGAUUCUGCCCAUAACUGUAGGCGAUCUGGCGCCUCUACAUAGUGGAGUUGAGGUUGAUGAAAGACUUUUUCCUUCUCCAAAACUCACGUGAACCAGUUCUUUUCUUGAGACAGACUAAACUGUGAUAGUAAGUUGUCACCAGCAAAAGAAACUUAUGACCUUUAUUAACAAAGGUGAAUUAACUAAGAGCAUUUGUAGUUUAUUGUUGGCCCCUAAACUUUCUGAAUCUGAGCACCUCAGAGUGGGCCCGUGGGUCCUCUCUUUGCGUCUGCACCUGCUAUAAGCUAGCAGGCCUGCAUGGUGAACGUGCACAAGGGCCUGGAGGUGGAAGGAAACUCACUGGGGAAGGGGAGAAACCGAGACUUCAUGGAAAUCUUAGCCUCUUUGUUCGUUUUCCUUAGGGACGAAGAUCUUUUACUAAUUUAAAUGAGGCCCAGGUUAAUUAAUUCAGGCAUCUCUAGGGAGUCUCUCCUAAAUCAUCCAGCCACACAGCCUUGGGCUUCUCCUUUCACCAUGCUUAGCCUGUGAAACUCCAGUCUGUUAUAGUCUACCGGGUUAUAGCCUUCAGUCUCCAGCCUCCUACAGGGUCAUUUUCUGUAACAGAACAAGUGAAAUUGGGAUAAACUUCUCGAUGUACUUCAUGAGAAUGGCUUUGUCUUAGUAAUAGCGAAACAAUAAAUCUAGGUUUUCUAUAGGA